AUGGCGGCUGAGAGAUUACUAUGGCUGACGAUGUUGUUGAUUCGUCUGUGGCUCGGAGCUGGGGAUCUCUGUUACGCACAGUCAACGCUCCUGGCCUUUCAAGACCUUCUCCCAGACGACCCCCGCUUGUACGACAAGAUGCGACCUCCGAAGAAGGACGAUCAGCCCACCAUCGUCAAUUUUCACGUCACUGUCAUGGGUCUUGACUCCAUUGAUGAGAACUCUAUGACCUAUGCUGCAGACAUAUUUUUUGCUCAAACCUGGAAAGAUUUCCGGCUGAGACUACCUGAAAAUAUGACAACUGAGUAUAGACUUCUCGAAGUCGACUGGCUGAAACAGAUGUGGCGUCCGGAUUCCUUCUUCAAGAACGCGAAGUCAGUGACAUUUCAGACCAUGACGAUACCAAACCACUACGUCUGGCUGUAUAAGGACAAGACAAUUCUUUAUAUGGUGAAGUUGACCUUGAAACUGAGCUGUGCCAUGAACUUCCUCAUCUACCCUCAUGACACACAAGAGUGCAAGCUUCAAAUGGAGAGUUUGUCCCACACAACAGACGAUCUCAUUUUCCAAUGGGAUCCUGAAGUUCCUCUGGUGGUCGACGAGAACAUCGAGCUGCCUCAACUCGAGCUGGUCCAGAACAGGACUGCAGAUUGUACUCAAGUUUAUUCUACUGGUAACUUCACAUGUCUGGAGGUAAUCUUCAAGUUGAAACGACGUCUGGGCUACCACUUGUUCAACACAUACAUACCGACCUGUCUUAUCGUCAUCAUGUCGUGGGUGUCGUUCUGGAUCAAGCCGGACGCAGCGCCGGCGCGCGUCACGCUCGGCGUGACGUCACUGCUCACGCUCUCCACUCAACACGCGAAGUCGCAGGCUCAACUGCCUCCCGUGUCCUAUCUGAAGGCCGUGGACGCCUUCAUGUCUGUGUGCACUGUUUUUGUGUUCAUGGCGUUGAUGGAGUACUGUUUGGUCAACAUCAUACUUGACGAUCGAGCUGCUAAACCAAAGGAACCAGCUGAAGCGGCCAAGGCGCGUAUGAGGGCCAUCAGUAUCGACCGUUUCUCGCGUGUCUUCUUCCCCCUACUCUUCGCUGUCUUGAACCUCACCUACUGGAUUCAGUUCGCUCAAUACAUCUGA